AUGCCUAUGCUCAAAGAUCCCUCCAAGAAAUACAGGCCGUUUAAGCCUCUGAACCUGCCGAAUCGCCAAUGGCCCGAUAAGGUUAUCGACAAGCCUCCGCGGUGGCUGGCCACUGACCUGCGAGAUGGCAACCAGAGUCUGCCCGACCCUAUGGAUGGCGAACAAAAACUCCGCUUCUUCAAGAUGCUCGUCGAGAUUGGCUACAAGGAAAUCGAGGUUUCUUUCCCCUCCGCCUCCCAAAUCGACUUCGACUUCACCCGCAGCCUCGUUGAGACCCCCGGCCUGACUCCUGACGAUGUCUGGCUCCAAGUCCUCUCUCCCUGCCGUGAGGACCUGAUCCGCCGCACGGUUGACUCCCUUAAGGGAGCCAAGAAAGCCAUUUUACACAUCUACCUCGCGACGAGUCCGUGUUUCCGACGGAUCGUGUUCAACAUGGACAAGCAGAAGAGUUUGGAAAUGGCCGUCCGCUGCACAAAGUACGCACGAUCUAUCACGAAGGAUGACCCCUCUACUGCGGGUACCGACUGGCAGCUCGAGUUCUCCCCCGAGACUUUCUCCGAUACUGAGCCCGAAUUCGCCGCGGAGGUCUGCGAGGCUGUCAAGGCCGCGUGGGAGCCCACUGAGGAGCGCCCCAUCAUCUUCAACCUCCCCGCCACCGUCGAGAUGAGCACACCCAAUGUUUUCGCUGACCAGAUUGAGUACUUCUGCCGCAAUGUCUCUGAGCGUGAGAAGUACGUAGUAUCUGUUCAUCCCCACAACGACCGUGGCUGUGCCAUUGCCGCCGCCGAGUUGGCCCAGAUGGCGGGUGCUCAGCGAGUCGAGGGUACCCUAUUCGGCAACGGCGAGCGUACCGGUAACGUCGAUCUGGUCACUCUUGCCCUGAACCUUUACACACAGGGUAUCUCGCCCAAGGUCGACUUUUCAGACAUCAACGCCGUCAUUAAGGUCGUGGAAGAGAGCAACAAGAUCCCGGUCAACGAGCGAUGGCCAUACGGUGGUCAGCUGGUCGUCUGCGCCUUUAGCGGUAGUCAUCAGGAUGCCAUCAAGAAGGGAUUCAAGCUCCGCGAGGAGGCCGGCGCUUCCGACGACAUCAAGUGGGAAAUUCCCUACCUUCCCCUGGACCCUCAGGACAUCGGACGAACCUACGAGGCCGUCAUCCGUGUCAACUCACAAAGCGGAAAGGGCGGUGCCGCCUGGGUUAUUCUGCGCAGUCUGGAGCUGGAUCUCCCGCGCGCACUCCAGGUCGAGUUCAGCAAGAUUGUCCAGAAGCGCACAGAAGAAGCCAACCGCGAGUUGCGACCCACCGAGAUUGUCACCCUCUUCGAGGACGCCUACCACCUCAAGUCCAACCCCCGCUUCAACCUGGUCGACUACAACAUCACCACGGACCGCUCGCAGUCCCCCGCUCCCCCAGAACCCGGCAAAGCUCUCAACACCAAGAACCUCAAGCGUCGCUUCACCGGUAUCGUCGAAAUCGAUGGCCUCCAGCACGCCAUCACCGGUGUCGGAAACGGUGCCCUCUCUUCUCUCGCCAACGCCCUUGCAACCCUGGGCAUCGAUCUCGAUGUCAUCGAUUACAAGGAGCACUCCAUCGGUGGUGGUGCCGCCAAGGGUAGGGACGUCAAGGCUGCCACAUACAUCCACUGCAGUGCUGCCGGUAGCCAACAGCAAGUGUGGGGCGUUGGUAUCCACCAGGAUGUUGUCCAAGCCAGUUUGAUUGCCCUCCUGAGCGCUGCUAGCUCUUUCCUCACGAGCCGGGCUGGUUCCCCUGCUCCUUUCCGCCCCAUGCGCUCCAACACCCUUUCUGACGAGGACCUCCAAGCGCUGGAGCAACUCGCCGGUUCCAACGGUGCCGGAGUUGCCGUCGCCAACAUCUCCGAGGGCCAGUCUGAUUCCAAGCCCACAGUAGACCUGGAAGCCUUGACGAGAAAGGCGGCCGGCCACUAA